AAACAUUAUCUUAUUCAGAAGAAAAUCCAAUAAUAAAUGGAAACAACGAAGGGUGAGCAAUUGGCUCUCCAAACACAUUCAUUCCCAUCUUCUUCACUCCUAAAUUUAUACGUUGGCCAUUUUUUAGCCAGAUGGGGCUCCAGGAUGUGGGAGUUCUCAGUCGGUUUAUACAUGAUCAAUGUGUGGCCGGACUCUUUACUUGUCGCUGCAGCUUAUGGCGUGGUGGAAUGUGCUUCGACUGUAAUAUUUGGUCCUUUAAUUGGACAGUUGGUGGAUAAGUUAUCCUACACUCGGGUUCUCCAACUCUGGCUCUUGAGUCAAAAUCUGUCAUUCGCUGUUGCUGGAGUUGCAGUCGUUGCUAUACUGAUGCAUAUGGACUUGGUGACUGCCAAUUACACGGUGUUCAUCGCUCUUCUCGUACUUAUUAACGUCUCGGGAGCUGUGGCCGUGCUUUCCACUCUGGCUGGAACCAUCUUGGUUGAAAGAGAAUGGGUGGUUGUGAUAUCAGAAGGCCAGUCUCCUGGAGUUUUGACGAAGAUGAACUCUGUGAUACGAAGGAUCGAUCUAAUCUGCAAGCUGUUUGCUCCUGUGCUCACCGGCUUUGUCAUCAGUUUUGUGUCGCUAACUGCAUCUGCUCUGGCGUUAGCGAUCUGGAACAUUGUAUCCGUGUUCUUGAUAUAUAUCCUUCUGAUGUCCGUGUACAAAGGGAUUCCACGAUUAAGAGACGUCAGCGAAAGAAGGGUGUCAGUAGCAUCAAGAUCUUUGGUCGGGGAAGUAGAUGAGAGUGUGUCUACUUCCCACGAACGAGAAAGCUUGAUUACUUCGGAUGCAAAUUAUUCCGAGAGUAGCCCAAAGGGGACCAUGAUCGAGAAAUUUCUGAGCCUUCCUUAUGUUAGUGCUUGGAGAGUUUACGUUAACCAAGAUGUCAUCCUUCCCGGACUAGCUCUAGCCUUGCUGUAUUUCACCGUGCUCAGCUUUGGAACAUUGAUGACAGCUGCUCUAGAAUGGCAAGGGAUACCUGCAUAUGUGAUCGGGAUUGCACGUGGAAUAAGCGCCAUGGUUGGGAUAGGGGCAACAUUUGGGUACCCCGUGUUGGAGUCUCGUAUUUCAACCCUACGAACAGGUCUUUGGUCGAUAUGGUCUCAGUGGGGUUGUCUCUUGCUAUGUGUUGCUUCCAUAUUGAUGAGGAGUAAAAUCUCUUCAGCCUACGUGCUGAUGGCAGGAGUAGCAUCGUCUCGUUUAGGGCUAUGGAUGUUCGAUUUGUCUGUCGUUCAGCAAAUGCAGGAUGGCGUAGCUGAAUCCGAUCGUUGUGUAGUUGGUGGCGUUCAAAACUCGAUUCAGUCCAUGAUGGACUUAAUGACUUACAUCAUGGCCAUACUCAUCUCCAAUCCGAAGGAUUUCUGGAAAUUGAUACUGUUAUCGUUCAUGGUGGCGACUCUAGCGGCCGUCUUGUACACCCUGCAUAUUUAUCGAGUUCGGAAGCACCUAAUUCACUGGGACAAGCUUCUCCGGCUCAUUAAGUGGUGAUCAUGCGGUUUCAACUUCAAAAAUGGUUGAAUUUGUACAUCUAGAGUGUUUCUCCAGCUAUUUUAACUAUCUGAUUCCAAUUUCAGUUAGGGUUCGAUCGGUACACAGAAUUGGAACUUAAUUGUAAUUAGAAUUCUACGGAAUUGAAUUUGAAUGACUCCUUCGUUCGUUAAAAUCAUGUAACUGAUAUGAAAUUGAAUUUGAAGAAAUUA